AGAGAGAGGGAGGGGGCUGAGAGGAGGACUUCCCCUAAGCCCCUGCUACAGUACACUGCCUCCUCACACACACACACACUCUGACACUCUCACACACACACGCCACAGAGAGGAUUGUAGCGUCUGCAGCAGUCAACAACAUGGAGGACAACAUGGAAGAAGGACAGGGAGGAAAGGGGUGUGCAGAGUGUUGUACUAAGUGUGUGGGGGGGCUGCCCUAUGCCUCCCUCUUCGCCACCAUCCUGCUCUACAUGGGGGUGGCCCUGUUCUGUGGGUGUGGCCACGAAGCAUUGAGUGGCACCGUCAUCAUACUGCAGAACUACUUCGAGCUGGUCAGAGCACCAAUGGAAACCCUCGACGUCUUCGCCAUUAUUGACAUCCUGAAGUACGUGAUCUACGGCGUGGCCGCCGCGUUCUUCGUGCUGGGCAUGCUGCUGUUGGUGGAGGGCUUCUUCACCACCGGCGCCAUCAGAGACCUGUACGGAGAGUUCAAGAUCACAGCGUGUGGACGCUGUGUCAGCGCAUGGUUCAUCCUCCUCUCCUACCUCUUCUUCCUGGCCUGGCUGGGGGUGACAGCCUUCUCCUCUCUGCCCGUCUUCAUGUUCUACAACGUCUGGUCUCUGUGCCAGAACACUUCCCUGGUGGAGGGAGACAACCUCUGCAUGGACUUGCGCCAGUUUGGUCUGGUGGCCCUGUCAGAAGAGAGGAAAGUGUGUACAGGAUCUGAGAAGUUCUUCAAGAUGUGUGAAUCCAACGAGCUGGACCUGACGUUCCACCUGUACGUCUGCGCUCUGGCUGGGGCGGGAGCUGCUGUCAUCGCCAUGGUUGCAGGUGUAGGGGUUCUCAUCCGUAACUACACAACUCUGAGCUCACAUGGCCGAUAUUGCACACGCUUCUGACCCUUGACCCCCGAACCCUCACUCUGCCACCUGGGGUCUUAGCUCCGCCCUCGGGGCACCACUUGUACCUGUCACAUGACUAUGUUAAGGACAGCAAAUUGGUUAACAUCCCCACCCACCCUGACCAGCUAACAGACCAUAAUAAUUUCCCACAGAGGAUCGGAACUAAAAUGGUGCCUCACUAAAGCAACUAAAACCGCUUGUCUGCGGUUGUGUUCCUGGUUAUGUUGUGCUUGUGGUUGUUCUGUACUUGUAUUGCCUUGGGGUUAAUUGCUAGUAAUCUGAUUGAGGUAAAGAGUAACCCUCUCAUGUCAGUGCUGCAGUUCUAACAUCUAACCUUCUAACCCUCCCCCCUCCCCACACCCUUGCCCUACCACUCUUCUCUGCACCCCACCCCUCCCUGCGU